AUGUUAUCAUUACCAAGUGCAAAUACACCAAUAGUAUAUCAAAAUCCUUUAUCUAAAUUAGUUACUAGUCUUCCUUAUAUAGAUGAAGAUUUAGAUAAGAUAUAAAAAAAUUAAAUUGAAAGAAUGAUUCGAAAGGAAAUGGCUUAAAUGUCCCAAAAUGAUUAUUUGGAAAAUUUACCUGCUCCGAAAUCGACAUUGUUAUAAAGUUAAUUUAUUUAAGUAGAGUUUGAAAGGGUUACAAAUAAAAAAUUACUUGAACCGCCAAAAUAACGUAAUUUACCUUUAAUUAAUAUUAGUUCGGCUGAUAAUGAAGUUUUAAAGUCAUUUAUUGAAGAGGUGAAGAUAAUUUCUUAACAUAAUUGUAUGAAAUUAAUUAAUUUGGAAUUAUUUAAUAAAUUCGGAUAAGAUUAACAUAAAAUCUUUAUUGAAUAUUUAAAUAAUAGAAAAAAAAAUUUAGAAGAAGAGAAUUAAAAGCUAAUACAAGAAAAAGAAGAUAUUAAUGCUAAAAGGAAAUUUUAAUAAAGUUUGCUUUUGGAUAAAAUUAGCAAUUUAAAAUAUAAAAUAAAUUAUUUAAUUAAUACGAAUGAAUUUUUAGAGACUGAUUGUUAAAAAUUAGAAAACGAAAUAAUUUAGAUUAGAAGAAAAUAACUAAAAUUAAUAUGA